AUGCCGCGGCCAGACCGAGCGUUUGUCGAGCUGACAAUUGCGGUGUGUUCUUUCAUCCGAAAAGAGUCGAAAAUUGGUCGUACCAGACGCCCUCGAACAGACGAGAGCACAUGCGACCGGCUGCACGUAUGGGACGGACCCAGGCUCAUCUCACUGCCCCCGGCGGGCAAGGGGGAAAAACCAUACGCCCGAUUGCGUAAUCCAACACAAACGUUGCCAGAAUGCCGUCGUCCAAUCGUAUCCGGACCAUGGCAACUCAAAUUAUUAUGCAGGGAUUUGGCCUGCGCAUGGACAUCCGUCACCCCCGAUGGAGCUCAAAGAAAGAGAAAAACACUCGGUCAGGACGCAAAAGAAACUUCAACACGACUUGAAACUUGUGGGUUGAGGUCAACUGCCAAACACUCGUGGCUUCAACAUCAUCGCGACUUUCUGUCGACCCUUUCCCCCUCCCCCAUAAACAGACUCAACAUGCGGGACUUUGUCGCCUACACCUACAAAGUUAAUCUGGGGGCGCAGGGCUCUCCUCGAAAUCUGGUACCUUGUGCAAAUCCAGCCAACAUUUCGAUGACAGUCGGUAAAAUAAGAAGCACAUGGACAUCAUGUUUGAGGUUUUAG